AUGGAAAAUCAAAAAAUGGAGGUAGAGAUAACUCAAAGUCUUAAGAUUAUCAUAAAUGCUCAAGAGUUUGAAAAAAUUACAGAACAAGGAACAGCAUUUUAUGAUUGCUGUGUAAUGUCAAUUGCGUAUAGUGAUCGUUUAGGUAUAUAUGCUGAUGGCUUAACGAAUUUAAGAAAAUUUUUUGAAGAUAAAAAUUAUGAUAUCAACAGUAUAAGAAGUAUUAUGAAUAGUCUUAAAGACGAAUGCGACUUUAAUGUGAAACAGAUCGAAAAAUUAACAAAUAAUUUCGAGAGUAUAAAAGUUGAAAUCACAAGUGUUAGAAAUAAAUUGAAUAAACAUAGAUAUAGUAAUAAUAAUUCGAUUAAAAUUAAGGAAGAAAAAAUUUUAAAUUAUAGAUUCUGGAUUAAAGUUGUAAAGGGAUUGUUGAUAAGUUUGUUUAUUGCUUUGUUGUUAGCAAUUUUUCAUGCCCGAGAUGUAAUAGUUUCAUUAUCAAUCUUAAUCUUAAUAUUAGUUGCGUUUAUUAUUUCUAAAAUCUAUUCUUGUUAUAUGAAAAAUAUAAAUAUAGAAUUAGAGAGUGCGACAAUGCUUAGUACCGAUGAUAUGGAGAAUAUUGAAGAGGUGGAGAAAGAAUUAAAGUUUAUAAUCGGUCAACUUAUGAAAUUUAGAACUUAUUGGGAUGAUCGUAAUGUUCGUUUAGAAACUCUUAUUCAAAAGCUUUCAACCGAAAAAUCUGAUGUUUUAUUAUUCAUAGAAAAUUCGAUUAGGGAGGGAUGGAAAGAUGUGAAGUCUGAAUGCGAUGAAUAUAAUAAGGCAAUAAGUGGUAUGAUUUAUAGAGUGGACAAUAGAUUUAUGGAUGAGAGACAGAGUACUCCUUUGGAAAGACGUCAACAACAGUAUGCUUUAAUUCCUUAUUCUUGCGAAGAUGCACCGUGUGGAAAUAGACCAGGUGGAGGUACUUACUGCUGCACUUUGAUUGUUGCACCGGCAAAGCCGGUUGCUGCUUCCCAGAUGGUUCCUUUUGUACAACCUGUUGAUUAUUGA